AUGGCUUCUCAUGGAUUACUUCGUCAGCAUGUAAAGCCAAAGCAAAUGCUAAUAUUUUUCAGUGUUGACCAGACAACGGCUGUUCUGGAGACGACAAAAGUAAAACAUGUAAUUGAAUGUGACGUGGUCCAAGAGGGAGCAACUGUGCUUGUGGAAUUCGGGAAGGAGAACUUCGAAGCAAGUGUGAUCAAGCUACAUGGUAAAUAAAAAACUAAACUUUCCCGUUCAGUUCUAACUACUGUUAGGCAUUAAUAGGCAAAAUAUUCGCUUAUAUAUCAAGUUGCAAAUUCCGGUGACAGUAGACAUUUUUAUUUGGCUUUAAUCAGGGCCCUAGGGGGCUUUCCUUUCACUUGCAAGAGCAGCUAGAGCACCGCUAGUAUUAUUUACAACUUAAUACAUUGCAUUUUCUUCUGUAUUAUAUAGAUGAUCCUAGCGUUCUAGUAGAAGCGGAGACGGACUUUUUAAUUCAGAUGUUUGGGAAUGAACAUGAAGAAGUGACUGUUGACAAGGAAAAUAUGCCACCGACUACGCUGACAACUGGGAAAGAGACACAAGGAAAUAACACGAAGGCAACUUGUACAUGUGUAUCGUCAAAGCCAAAGGCUCGGCCAAAGGAAGUAAGAAAACGAAUGAAAUCCAAAGAAUGAUCUGAUCAGUCAAAGGCAAAAAGACCAAAGAAGAUAUGUCUAUGUCUAAGUUCUUUCCAAAAUCCAAAUAGUAUCAUAUGGUAUGUUACUUGGGGGCAUGCAAUCACAAGGUUUCAACUGAUUUUUGGCUCAAUUAAGAAAUACACAAUCAAAUAUAAUUACACAAAUCAUGAUUCAUGAAGAGAUUUAAUAAAGCCUGCAUUUCUUUAACUACUGCUUUCUGAAUAGAAUAAUUACUGAAAGAACAUUUUUUAACUUGCAUGUAUAUACACAUUUCAAACCAAUGCAGUCUUAUUUAUUUAGAAAAAAGCUGUUGGAAAGUUGAAAACUUGUGGCUGAAUGUUACAAAGUCUACAAGUUCCUGGACUAAAAAUUGCUUAAUCCUUUAAGUGGCACUGUGUCCUGAUGUGCCCUAGCUACUUUAUUAUUUCACUUUGUCUGAUUCCAGACAACAAUUUUACUCGUCAGGCAGAGAUUGAGUGCUGCCACACAAGGAGUUGAUUAGACUAUCUGCCUGUACCUCACUGGCAGGCCCAUACACACCCUGUUAACCCUAAUCAGUGGCACUGUGCCGAGAUGUGCCCUACUUUAUUAUUUUGCUCUGUCUAUAUAAUUCCAGAUCAUUUUACUCUGCACACUAUAUGAUACCUCAGUCCUCUGAUGUACCGUAAGCAACACUCAUGAUGUCGCAUUGUUUCGGCAUCUUCUAAAUCAGAAACUUUAAUCUAUGUCUACUUGAAUUAUGUAACCUAUUGAGCGGCAACACUCUCCCUUGACAAGUAAGGCGUUAGACAGAGUAAACUAAUCUGGCAUUAGGCAGUACUCUGCAUUUGCUGUGUGAUAACUGUGGUCCUCUCACUGAUAUAAGCAACACUGAUGUUGCAUUGUUUUGGCAUCUUCUAAAUCAGAAACUUUAAUCUAUGUUGACUCAUUUAAGUUCGUUUGAGUGGCAGUACGUACUCUGCAUGUGUGUGUGAUACUCUAGUCCUCUGAUGUAAACAGUACUGAUGUCGCAUUGUUUCAACACCUAAAUCAGAAUCUUUAAUCUAUGUUAAUUCAUGUAACCCAUUGAGUGGCAGCAUUCUCCCCUGACAAGUAAAAUCGUCUGGCGUUAGACAGAGUAAACUAAUCUGACAUUAGGCAGUACUCUGCAUUUGCUGUGUAAUAACUGCAUGUAGUCCUCUGAUGUCUAGUAAAACAAUAUUGAUGUUGCAUUGUUUCAGCAUCUUCUAAAUCAUGCAGAAACUUUAAUUUAUGUUGAAGCUAGAUUAAAAGCUAGAUUGUAACUCCUUAAUUAAACAUAAGUAACCCAUGUGUUUGAUGGAGGCCUUUUUCUGUAUAUGUUACUUUAUAGUAGCUGUGUGUGGGGCACUGCAUGGAGGCAAUCACAAGGUUUCAACUGAUUUUUGGCUCAAUUAAGAAAUACACAAUCAAAUAUAAUUACACAAGUCAUGAUUCAUGAAGCGAUUAAAGCCUGCAUUUCUUCAACUACUGCUUUCUGAAUAGAAUAAUUACUGAAUGGACAUUUUUUAACUUGCAUAAUUUAUAUACACAUUUCAAUUAAACCAAUGCAGUCAUAUUAAAUGAGACAAAAAGCUGUUGAAAAGUUGAAAACUUGUGGCUGAAUGUUACAAAGUCUACAAGUUCCGGGACUAAAAACCGCUUAAUCCGUUAGGUGGCACUGUGCCCUCGCUACUUAUUAUUUUACUCGACUGCCUGAUGCCAGACAACAAUUUUACUCGUCAUGAUCAGGCAGAGAUUGAGUGCUGCCGCACAACGAGUUGAUUAGACUAUCUGCCUGUACCUCACUGAUAGGCCCAUACACACCCUGUUAACUUUAAUCAGUGGCAAUGUGCAGAGAUGUGCCAUACUUUAUUAUUUAGGGGGCCGGAGAAUGCUGCCACUCAGUGGGUUAAUCAGACUAUUUGCGCAUGCACCAUCUAUGUGGCAUUAUGCACCCAGAUGUGAUUUUACUUGUCAGGGGGAGAGUGCUGCCACACAGUGGGUUAAUUAGUAAGAUAAGGAAGUACUGUAGGGUGCUACAUUCUCUUGAGCCCCCAAAAAGCAAAAGCUAAAGUCAGCCCCUUUACAAAAGAAUAUAAGCGGCCUUUUUAGUGUUUAGCCUACAGUAUACAGUAACUAUUUAUUGGUUGUUUUUAGAUAAUAAGCAUUGAGGCAGAAGCCUUGCCAGUUGAGGGAAAUAAGGAAGAUGGAAAUGUGAAAGAGGACGAGGAUAGGAAAGAACCGUUGUCUUCCCUGCAUGUUGCUGAGCAAGAGAAAGUGCGAAAAUUGAUAUCACAAUAUCAAAAGAUAGGUGAGGCAGAAGUUAGUGUCCAGACCGAUAAGAGAAUUUCGAAAGAAGUUGGUGUCCAAAAGGAUGGAAAUGAGCAACCAAAGUGUUCCUGCCAUGAUGAGUUGCUGGACAAGGUAACCAGUUUGGAAAAUAAACUAGACCAACUCGUUUCGGUUAUAAAAAAAUUCUAA